AUGACACAAUCCUAUGGGUUCACUUUUCCACCGCUGUCAGCAGCCAUCAACGUUGCACUGGCCACCGUUAGGUCUGCUAUGCCGGAUGCCGGUCAAUGUGCUGACUUGUUCCGCAAAUUCCGCGGUCAAGAGGAAGCUCCAUUAAAACCAAGGGACACAGAAUUGGAUGACUAUGGAACUGAAGGUCAGAGAUCGCGGGAAGAUUCAUGGGGAGAGGUUGGCAUUGAAGGUUCCAAACACAAGAUCAAUGAAUGGCAGGCAGCUUGGAACGUUACUAAUGCCAUCCAGGGAAUGUUCAUCGUAUCACUUCCGUUUGCAGUACUGCGUGGUGGUUAUUGGGCUAUCGCUGCUAUGAUUGGCAUUGCUCACAUUUGCUGCUAUACAGGAAAAAUCCUCGUAGAAUGUCUUUACGAAGUGGACUCUUCUGGCGUCCGGGUUCGAACCAGAGAUUCUUAUGUUGCUGUCGCAAAAGAUUGUUUCGGCAAGCGCUAUGGCCCUAUCCUCGUUAACUCUGCCCAACUGAUAGAGCUCUUAAUGACUUGCAUACUUUAUGUUGUUGUAUGCGGAGACCUAAUGGUAGGAACGUUCCCUGACUUCAUUGAUGCAAGAAGCUGGAUGUUACUAACUGGAAUUUUCCUUCUACCCCUAUCAUUCUUAAAAUCUCUCCAUCAUGUCAGUACCUUAAGUUUCUGGUGCACUAUGUCCCAUCUGCCGCAUAGAAUGCGAUUUACCGCAGCGAGCCAUUCAAAGAGAUCCUAUUUGCCACGAAAGAUGGGUUCUGUUUCUGAGCCUUGA